AUGUCUUCUGAGAUUGAUAAAGAAUUGAAUGAGGACUCAAUGUUGAUGCAUAAAAGUAGACACAUUCAUUGUGAUUCAGUUGAAACUCUUACUGUUGAUGGUGAAAAUGGACCAAGAUUUCAAAAUGAGUCACUUGAAGGGUAUAAAGUUCAUGAUUGGAACAUGAAUGAAACUGCAAUUAAUGAGGAGGAUUAUAGAAUGAAUACUAACCCUACUAGUGAUAAGCAAGUGACCCAAAUUGGUUCAUUCAGAACUGGUUCAGCUCAGAGUGCAGAAAUCUUGACCAUGAUUGAUACAAAUCGACAUGGUAGCAUUGAGAAAGUUGUACAUAAAGUAUUUCCCCAUGCGAGGCAUGGUGUCUGCACUUAUCACGUUGGCCAAAAUUUGAAAACAAAGUUCAAGAAUCCUGCAAUUCAUAAGUUGUUCCAUGAUGCUGCCCAUGCUUAUCGUGUUUCAGAGUUUAAUUUUAUAUUUGGGCAACUAGAGAUGAUUGACCCAAGAGCAGCAAGAUAUUUGAUGGAUAUAGGUGUUGAUCAAUGGGCACGUUCAUAUUCUACCGGAAAAAGAUAUAAUAUCAUGACGACAGGGAUCGUUGAAAGCCUUAAUGCUGUGUUGAAAAAUGCUAGAGAUCUUCCGGUUUUGCAAUUGGUUGAAGAAUUGAGAAACUUACUUCAAAAAUGGUUUGUGACUCGUCAACAACAAGCAAUGUCAAUGUCAACUGAACUUACCAUGUGGGCUGAUGGAGAACUUCAUUCUAGGUAUAAUAUGUCAGCAACAUAUCUAGUGGAACCUAUCAACUCCAAGGAGUGUAAUGUUAACUAUGUUGGCAUUAGUGCUCAAGUGAAUUUAGACACUCGUUCAUGCACAUGUCGACAAUUUGAUCUUGAUCAUAUUCCAUGUGCACAUGCUAUUGCUGCUUGUAGAUUUUACAACAUUUCAUGUUACACUUUGUGCUCCAAGUAUUUUAUUACUAAAGCAUUGUUAUCUUCAUAUUCAGAGUGUAUUUAUCCAACUGGAAAUGAAAUAGAUUGGGUAGUACCUAAUCAUAUUCGUGACAAAGUUGUGUUACCACCUAAAACGAGACGCCCAACAGGAAGACCAAGGAAAGUAAGAAUUCCUUCUGGUGGAGAGGGCAAGCGCACAUCUCGUUGUAGUCGAUGUGGUCAAUAUGGGCAUAAUCGGAAAACAUGCAAACGACCAAUCCCUUGA